UUUCACUUUAAGACAUUUUGCCCAUUGUGCGGCUAGACCAGAGGGUGGAUACUGGGAGUAGACCAUGACCUCCAGUGAAAGGAGGCCUAACAAAUGGUGGACAGAGACAGACACGUUCGCCAUGCUGGCCCUCAUCGAGCAGCUGGACCUCGUCCACGAGCUGGACAAGAAACGGCAACGCAACGACUCUCACUUCCGCCGCCUGCGCCAGGGCCUGGCCAAACGUGACAUCCACUUCACCGUCAACCAAAUCCGCAACCGCUGGAAGAGCCUCAAACAUAAGUAUCGCAAAAUAAAGAUGGCCAGUUACCGAAGUCCAGCCGCGCGUCUGUCCGCCAUCGAAUCGUUUCGGUAUUUCCGCAAGCUGGACCACAUGCUGACUCCGAAACCCAGGGCCGGAGGUCAGCAGGAGGGCGGAUCAGGAGGUGGACAUGGCCGUGUCAUGCAGUCACCCUCAGACCUGGAGGAUCACACAGACAGGCCUCUGUAUGACACCAUUAUACCAAAACUGGAAGGUGACAUUGAGGAGAAGCUGAGCCCGGGGGUGGCCAGCACAGACGCUGCAAACUGGGACGCGGCUGGAGAUGAGGUUGUGACUCUCGGGUUGUCCGGGGAAUACCUUUACUCGGUAAAGACUGAGUCACAAGGAAUGCCUUUUUCUCACAGUUUUGAGAGCGCGAGGGAAGUCAAUAGCUGCAGCUCAGAAGACUUCCAAGCCACCUGUGAGGACACAACCAGCCUGAUCCUCCAGCAGUUGACCAUUCUUAACCACCAGCUUAGUGAGCAGCUGGCAGAACAGAGGGCAUUCCACUGCAGCAUGCUGGGUAUGAUGGACCGACAGAUCGAGGUGUUGGAGCAGCUCUCUAAUUUCACCAGAGCUCACCAGCCCAAACCCGAUGCCAACGAGACAGAUUCUGUCAUCAGCCAGAAGGUUCAUGACACCCUGCUGCAGAUUCUGAAGAGAAUGGACCAAAGCCAAGCCCAAGCCAAAACUCUUCAGCCUUGCACAGCGAAAUCUUCCCCGUCUGAAUCCGUUCCUCCUCCUCCUCCUCCUUCUUGGAGGGUCUCGCUCCUGGAGGUUCACCAGAGGUCACCCUCCACGGAGGGGAACUCAUCCAGUGAAACUGAACCAUCUCAACCUACAGACACUUCCAGUCCCAUUAAAACACCUCCUUCAGAGGAACUUCCACAGUCUCCCAAAAAAGAUGGCCUGGUAAACGGACUCUCAAGCGAUUUCCAGCACAAGUGAGCAGUCUUGGCAUCUGUGAUGCUGCAAGGGCUCUUCACUCUUGACAGAAGCAAUCAGGAGCAUUGACUUUGCUUGUUAUUGUAGGUGCUUGUGUUCAUUAGGGAGUUCUUGCAUUUGAAGAUGUCUUGUAGGGAUGUAUAAGCAACAACCCCCACUACCAACUGAACUCUUGUGGUUUAAAUUUGCCUGUCUUUGAUUGUCUUUUUUGAGGAGGAUUGUUUGUAGAACAUGUACUGUAGCAUUCAUAACAAACUGUUAAUCCCUCCUCGGUGAGAGACACCAGCUUAUGGGAAAGGGGAGAGGAGAAUAAUUGUUCAUUUAAUAUAAUUGUCAUUAUCAGUUAUUUAUUAUGAGUUUGAUAUGUCCACAGAGAUGACAACUUUGCUAGUAUAGUGUUAUG